AUGGCCCCCUCUGGAAAGGGCUCCUCGAGCUCUGAAGAUGCCCAGCUCGGUGCUGUCUUCUCCGUCUCCGGUCCCGUCGUGGUCGCCGAGAACAUGAUUGGAUGUGCCAUGUACGAGCUGUGCCGAGUCGGUCAUGAUCAGCUUGUCGGAGAGGUUAUUCGUAUCGAUCAGGAUAAGGCCACUAUUCAGGUUUACGAGGAAACAGCUGGAUUAACGGUCGGCGAUCCUGUUAUGCGAACCGGCAAGCCCCUCUCCGUCGAGCUCGGACCCGGUUUGAUGGAAACGAUCUACGACGGUAUCCAACGUCCCCUCAAAGCCAUCUCCGACGAGUCGGGCGGUAUUUACAUUCCCCGUGGUAUUAAGGUCAAUGCGCUGGAUCGCAAGAGGAAGUGGGACUUCAAGCCCGGCAAAUACAAGGUCGGCGAUCACAUCACAGGCGGUGAUAUCUGGGGUACCGUUUUCGAGAACAGCUUGUUGAACGACCACAAAAUUCUCCUUCCUCCCCGCGCACGAGGUACGAUCACACGGAUAGCUGAAGCCGGCAGCUACACCGUCGAGGAACAACUGCUGGAGAUUGAGUUUAAUGGAGUCAAGACAACACACGGAAUGAUGCACACCUGGCCCGUUCGUGUACCCCGGCCGGUCAACGAGAAGCAGUCUGCCGACUCGCCCUUCAUUGUCGGUCAGCGAGUGCUUGACUCUCUCUUCCCUAGUGUGUUGGGUGGUACCGUCUGUAUUCCCGGUGCCUUCGGAUGCGGCAAGACUGUCAUCUCCCAAAGUGUGUCCAAAUUCUCCAACAGUGAUGUCAUUGUCUACGUCGGAUGUGGUGAGCGUGGUAAUGAGAUGGCUGAAGUGUUGAUGGACUUCCCCGAGCUAAGCAUCGAUAUUGGUGGCCGCAAAGAGCCUAUCAUGAAGCGUACAUGUUUGAUUGCCAACACUUCCAACAUGCCCGUCGCUGCCCGUGAAGCUUCCAUUUACACCGGUAUCACCAUUGCGGAGUACUUCCGUGAUCAGGGAAAGAACGUGGCUAUGAUGGCCGACUCUAGUUCCCGGUGGGCCGAGGCUCUCCGUGAACUUUCCGGUCGUCUUGGAGAGAUGCCCGCUGACCAGGGUUUCCCCGCGUACCUUGGUGCCAAGCUUGCCUCUUUCUACGAGCGUGCCGGUAAGAGUACCGCUCUGGGAAGCCCCGAGCGAGAGGGAAGUGUCAGUAUUGUCGCCGCCGUCAGUCCCCCUGGUGGUGAUUUCUCAGACCCUGUCACUACCAGUACAAUGAGUAUCGUCCAGGUCUUCUGGGGUCUGGACAAGAAAUUGGCGCAGCGAAAGCACUUCCCCUCAAUCAACACGGGCAUUUCCUACAGCAAGUACACGCCAGUGCUCGACCGCUACUACGAGAAGCACCACCCCGAGUUCCCCCGUCUCCGUGAACAGGUCCGAGAGCUCCUCACCAAGUCCGAGGACCUUGACCAGGUCGUCCAGUUGGUCGGAAAGGCUGCGCUUGGCGACUCCGACAAGAUCACAUUGGAUGUGGCUGCAAUGGUGAAGGACGACUUCCUCCAGCAAAACGGAUACAGUGAUUACGACCAGUUCUGCCCUCUCUGGAAGACAGAAUACAUGAUGAAGGCCUUCAUGGGCUACCACGAUGAAGCACAGAAGGCGAUCGCUCAAGGCCAGAGUUGGCCCAAGGUCCGCGAUGCUACGACCGACAUCCAAACCUCCCUGCGAAACAUGAAGUUCGAAGUACCGGAUAACCAGGAGGAAGUCUCCUCGAAGUACGAGAAGAUUUUGCAGACAAUGUCGGAGCGGUUUGCCUCCGUGUCGGAUGAGUAG